GUGCUUUGAGGACAUCCAAGCGGCCAUUAACAGCAGUUUCUCGUUAGAGAUCCAUCUCUGGGAGGAUGUGCAGCUGAGCCACAGUCUGAUCUUUGUGGACGAUGAUGAGAUGGAGGGUGAAUUGAAACACUCAGAUGACAGGACCGUAGUCAUACGAGGAUGUUCUCCUGUCACUCUGUCGUGCGCGCCCGGUAUCGCCUACGGUCUGUUGAUGGUACCAAGUUUGCACUACCGCCUGUCAGACGAUCACGUGGACAUCGAGACGGUGGUGCUGGAGGGGUUUACCAUUCGUGACUGUGCCGACAGGGCUGUGGAAAUAGCUGCAACCAAGGUGCAUCUGCGAGAUAUGAAGUUUUUGAAUAACGGGUUCAACCCAGUAGUGAAUAUCACCUCCGAGCUGGCAACGGCGCAUCGGGCGGCUGUGAUGAUUGCCACGUGGUACGAUACGGUUAUUGAACGGUGUGAAUUCAGCAACAACGGACAGUUUGUGCGCAACACUGCGUUGGCCGUAGGCUCGGGGGCGCUGUACAGCGCAAUAAGUCCAAUCGACAGCACUGACGGUGUGCUCAGCAAUAAUACUAUGCACGACACGGUGUUCAGCAAUAAUUCAGGGAAAGAAGGAGGUGGAAUGUACUUCCAGGCGAAUCUGUGGAAACUGUAUAACGUGUCGGCCUACGGAAAUACGGCAAAGGUAGGCGCUGGUGGCAUCACGACAGGGUCUGUGUCUCUGUUCGACUGCAACUUCUCAUACAACAUUGCAUCGGAUUAUCGGGGAGAAAUCCCGCGCUUUUCGGAGGCAGGGGCCUUUUCUGUGAACGGAGACUUUGUGGCGGUCAACUCCACAUUUGUAAACAACACCGCCGCAAUCGCUGGGGCAGUGUCCGUGUCCACUGGCACAUCUGAGAUUCUUCACUGUACAUUUACAAACAACACAGCAACGGCUUUCGAUGCUGGGGCGAUCACAUUCGUGCAAGGCUCAGCCAAUGUGACGAACUCAACUUUCAUAAACAAUACAGCGCCGGUAA